AUGGUUGCUUCCAUGUAUGAAGGUUGGUGUCCUUUCAUGUUGCCUCCUCCGACACCCAAUUUCUUCCUCUACCACUCUCGUGUUCACAAAACAGAACCCCUUCAAAAUGCUGAAAGCGAGAUCUAUGGGGUCUACAGAUUUGAUCAAGCUGAUCAAUCAGAAUCUUCCUAUCGUCGAAAUGAAAAUCGAUAUCCUGAAGAUCGUGGACGCCAUUCUUACAGAAGACAUUAUUGGGGCAAACCGACUCCUAUUGAUGAAAUGUUGCCUUCUCAAAUGGAAUUAGAACUAAGUAUUCAAUCUUGUAUGACGAAUGAACAAGUGGAAAUGUUUGCUAUGAAUGUACGACUUGAAGAAAUCACCCAAAAACUUCGUACAGGAAACGUUGUUCCUCGUGAUAGAGAACGAUCUCCUUCUCCUCCUCCUCAAUACGACAACCAUGGUCGUCGAUUGAAUACAAGAGAAAUUCGCUACAAGAAAAAGCUAGAGGACGAGCGUCAUCAUAUUAUCGAAAAGGCUAUGAAGACUGUUCCCAAUUUUAAGGCUCCUAGCGAUUAUCGCCGCCCAGCAAAAACACAAGAAAAGGUUUACGUUCCUGUGCAAGAUUACCCUGAAAUCAACUUCAUUGGUCUUUUAAUCGGUCCUCGUGGUCAUACAUUGAAAGACAUGGAGUCGAAAUCAGGUGCCAAAAUUGCAAUUCGUGGUAAAGGAAGUGUCAAAGAAGGAAAAGGUAAAAGCGAUCCAUCUGUACGCGGCAAUAUGGAAGAAGACCUUCAUUGUCUUGUGAGCGCCGAUUCAGAAGAUAAAAUUAGUCUUGCCAUUCGACUAAUCGAUAUUGUGAUUCAAACUGCUGCUUCCACUCCUGAAGGUCAGAAUGAUCUAAAGAGAAAUCAACUCCGUCAACUGGCCACUCUCAAUGGUACUCUCCGAGAUGACGAGAAUCAGGUUUGUCAAAACUGUGGUAAUGUUGGUCAUCGUCGUUAUGACUGUCCCGAACGAAUUAAUCAUACCCUAAAUAUUGUUUGCAGACACUGUGGAAACGCAGGCCAUAUUGCACGGGAUUGUCCUGUAAAGAACCAGCCUCCCGUAGGUGAUGCCGCGGCUGACCGUGAGUAUCAAAGCCUCAUGCAAGAAUUGGGUGGUGGCUCUAUUACUUCCUCUGCUGGCCAACACGCUUUGGAAUAUACUGAAACUUCCACCACAAACUCAGCUGCACCACCCCCAUGGGCUGCCAACACAGGGCCAUCAUCAGAAUCUUCUAGUCCUGCUCCUUGGGCGAAAGCUACCCCGAGCGUUGCUUCUACUCCUGCUCCUGCUCCUUGGCAACAAGCGGUACCUGCUCAGCCUGCCUCUUCCACAUCAACUGGUGGGUUGCCCCCUUGGCAACAGAAUACCCAACCAGUUGUAUCCGAUUCAAAUCUUCCGGGUGUACCCAUUCCCGGCAUGCCUCCUGGUCUUCCUCCCGCACCUGUUCCUGCGACUGCUCCCCCUGGACUACCAACAGCCAGUACAGCACCGGAUAUGUUGGCUACUCCUAUGAUGAAUCUCCCACAGCCUCCUAUGCUUCCACCAGGAAUGGCUCCUCCGCAAGGUAUGCCUUCUGCAUUUUCUGCUUAUGCGGCUCCUCCAGGCAUGCCGUUACCAGGUGCACCAGGAGUAGCAAAUGCUCCUGGGAUGCCCCAGUCUAUUCCCUUUGGCGCACCUCCUGGGAUGCCCAUGCCUCCAGGCACAUCUCCUCCUAAUCCUUAA